AUGGGCAACCCAGCGCCGUGCGCGCCCCCGCUGCCGGCCGGCGCUGCGGCGCCCGGCUUCCUGGGCGGCCUGCAGGGACUGUUCCCCGGCAUAGACGCGUGGGUCCCCCGCGACGCCUGCGGCGGCAGCUGCGCCGCCGGCCAGUUCUGCGACCCCCGGGGCGCCUGCCGCCCCGACACGUGCGCCGCCCAGCGCGAGCACGGCUGCCCUGGCGAUGGCUCGGCGCUCAGGGCGGUCGCCUGCCCGCCCGGCGGCGGGUUCAAGGACUGCUUCGCGGCAAACGACUUUGUCUGCUUCAAGGGCCCGGGCGCGAGCCGCGUCGAGUGCAACGGCAACGGCGCCUCCAGCUCUGCGUCGAGCUACGCCUCACCCGCGGCGCCCGACACGCCCGGGUCGGCCAGCGCCGGCGCGACGGCCGGCGGCGCCGCCGCGGGCGAGCGGGCCCUGGAGCCCGCCCCUGCUGGAGCUGUAGGCGUCGACGACGGCGGCGCCAGCGGGCCGGUCUCACUAGUGUCUCAGGACGGCCGCCUCGUUAUUGCGCCGUCAUCGCUGACUAACGGCAACGCCACUCGCCCGGCGGCGAUCGCCGGCGCCGCCAGGCCCACGAGCGACGCGCAGCAGGCCCGCCCCUUCGGCUGGGGCUACCCCGGCGCGUGGGCCGGCGCCUGGGGCGGCAGUGGGCCGCCGAACAGUGCGUGGUGGCCCUGGCCGUCGUGGCCGUCGUCGUGGCCAUUUGGCGGCUGGAACGGCGCCGCUUCCACAGGUGCAGGUUUUGGCGCCCCGUUCUUCAACGCCCCGUUCUUCAAUGAUCAGGGCUGGGACGACUGGGAGGAGGACUAUGGCGGCAGCGCCCCCGCUGGGACCGCCCCUGGCCCCGGGGCCGCACCCUCCGCUUCCGGCGGCUCCCGCGCCUCCGCACGUGCCGGCGCCGCUGCAGGCUCGCCCGCGCCCCAGCGGCCGGCCUCUGCCCCCCGCCAGCAGCAGCAGCAGCAGCAGCAGCAGCAGCAGCAGCAGCAGCAGCAGCAGCAGCACCAUCAGCAGCAGCAGCAGCAGCACGGCGCGGCCUCCAAGGCGGGCGCCUCAGCGUCCUCGGCUGGGCCCGCUGCUCCGCCCCAAUUCCCACAGAUGGGCUUCAUGCCAACACCCGACAAUAUGAUGAUGCCAAACGCGCCCUUCCCGGCUGGCUUCCCGCCAGCUGGCAACGGCGCCACGUCAGCGUCCUCCUCGUCCUCCUCCUCAAGCGGCGGCGGCGGCGGCCCGCCCGUGGACGACUGCCGGGCGCAGAAGGCUGCGCUCUGCUCCGGCGACAAGAGCCCUCUGAAGGUGGUGGGCUGCCCGGCCGGCGCGGGCGGGUUUUCAAAGUGCUACGAGUCGGAGAGCUUCAAAUGCUACCUGGGGCAGGGCGGCAAGACGACGGCCUGCGCGCUGACGAGCGGCAACGGCGCAGCCCGCGCCGCGGGCGCGGUCGGCGGCGCGGGCGUCGCGGCCGUGCAGAAGGUCGGCGGGGCGGGGGGCCGGCGGAUGGGUUGA